AUGAAACCUUCGACCAUCAUCCUCCUUGGGCUUGCGGCCAUGACGACUUCGGUAGAGGCCCACGGUCGCAUGCUGACGCCCCCCCACCGUGGCUACAUGUACACGUUGCCCCAGUUCUCAUUUUUUCCCUCCAAUUACGACGACGAUGGCCUCAGUGCCGGCGGCAUUGGGUCCACCAAGAAGGGGCUGCAUGGAAUCUGCGGGGAUCGGUAUUCUGCAGCUACGCCUCGCCCCCACGAAACCGGUGGCAAGUACGGGCUUUUUCCAAAGUACGGGGCCAAAGCCAUCGGUGGGUGCUACGCCCCUGGCGCCAUCAUGGACAUCAAGUACCAAAUCACGGCCAACCACAAGGGGUACUUUGAGUUUGGUCUGUGCAAACUCAACGGCAAGAACGACGCUGAGACCGAAGCUUGUUUCCAGACCCUUUCGCAGCCCGAUGGUCAAAAGCAAUGGUUUCUGCCGGCGGGGAACAAGAUCUUUUCGCUCCAGUACCAAUUGCCCAGUGGCGUCACGUGUGACGGCGACUCGCAUUGCGUCCUUCGCUCGUGGUGGGUUGGCGGCAACAACGCCGACGUGGGCAUGGAUGGCCAGGAGCAGUUUUGGAACUGCGCCGACAUUUACAUCAGCAACAAUUGUGGGGCGACUCCCCCUUCUCCUUCGAGCGGUCCACCUACUCAAUCCCCAUCGACCACUACCAAACCUAACGCUACGAACACUGUCAAGCCAGCCAUUACCACCAUCGCCCCGCAACCAACAUACGCACCAAGUCCAUCGACGGCUAAGCCUACUUCGUCUGUACCCCAGCCUACAUAUGCCACCACUACGCCACCGUCUAAACCAACCUCCCGUCCAACUCCUUCAAACCCGAAAACCACACAACCCAGCUACCCCACUCAACCCCCGGCUACUACGUCGUCCACCGACCCCACGAAAGUCCCCAGCCAGUGCGGUUCGUGCGCUAACUGCUACUACGCUUCCAAUAACGCUUGCUUUAUCGGGUGGAGUGCUAGUCAAUGUGCCAUGCAACCUCUGUUCAAAUGGUGUGGACCUUCGAAUGUGUAA